AUGGACGUUACCAGUGGAAUGAGACCCAUCUUCGGAGGAUACCCGUUUCAAGGACAGGGACGCAUGAAUCAAUUGGGAGGCGUCUUCAUCAACGGCCGACCGCUACCGAAUCACAUUCGCCUGAAAAUUGUCGAAAUGGCAGCGGCUGGAGUCCGCCCUUGCGUGAUAUCGCGACAACUUCGCGUCUCUCACGGCUGCGUUUCGAAAAUUUUGAAUCGCUACCAGGAAACUGGCUCCAUUAGACCGGGCGUCAUCGGCGGUAGCAAGCCGAGGGUAGCAACCCCUGAAAUCGAGGCGAGGAUAGAAGAAAUGAAAAGGGACAAUCCGGCAAUCUUCUCGUGGGAAAUCAGAGAAAAAUUGGUGAAGGAAGGUUUCUCAGACCCUCCAAGUGUCAGCUCCAUCAGCAGGUUACUUCGCGGUGGACGACCUGGUGAUGAUGGGAAAAAGGACUACACCAUCGAUGGUAUACUAGGCGGCGGUCGUUGUGGUGAUGAAUCCGAUACGGAAAGCGAACCUGGAAUUCCUCUAAAGCGAAAGCAACGGAGAAGCAGGACGACAUUCACUGGGGAACAACUAGAACAACUGGAGACAGCGUUCCAGCGUGCUCAGUAUCCGGACGUUUAUGCUAGGGAAGAAUUGGCUCAGAGGACUGGUCUCACGGAAGCAAGAAUUCAAGUGUGGUUCAGCAAUCGCAGAGCGCGACUACGAAAGCAUGCAGGAAGCAUAGUUCACUCGGUAGCAAACUUGCCAUUGACUCCCUGUCAAUAUGCGAGCCACGAGCUUGCGCAAAUACCACAGGUCCCUCAAAUACCAUCUGGAAUAACGCAAGUUCCAACCACGUUGCACCAUAGCCCAACGACGUUGCAACAAGCAAGCACCGCUGUUCAUCAGGUUCCAGGAACCAAUGCACAGAUGUCAACCACCACUUCCGUGGCCCAAGUGCCUUCCACGAUCGGUAGUGCCCUUCAAGGACACGCGGUGUCGAUUUCGGGACAUUUGAGUUCUUUACAAGGACACGCAAUGCAACUUGGACAAGUACCGACGAUUCAGCCUCCUGCGGCUCACGGGGCACCUACGACCCUCUCUCAUAACCCUGGAAACACCGAUUGGUCCAGGGCGCAACUCGGCUGGGGACAGUUCAAUCACUUCCAAGGUGAAUAUACGUCGAGUCAUUCGAGUCAUCAACAUUCCUCGCACGCGAGUCAUGCUGGUACACCGUCUUCUGGUACCGGGAAUUCUGCAUCGGCAGCGGAGUGGUACGACCAGGGCUACGAUUAUUCCCAACACGCUCAGUUGAACUAUCAUCGAAGCGUGGGCGGCAUAUUUUAACGGACGAUGAUUGCAUGGGCAUUAGUAAAAGUCAGUUAGGUAUCGAUCGACGUUUUAUUGCGCAUUAUGGGUUUCGCCUUCUGGAGAACUUUCCGGUUCUCCAUCUUCUUCUUCAAUAAUCCCUGUGAGUUUAGCAAGUUUGCUUUGUCUUAACUUUAGACAGUCGAGAUAUCUGAGAAAUAUAAAUAAGGAAAAUGGAUAAAAGUGGAUUUAGAUAUGUUCUGCUUGUCUCUUGUGGUCUUCGAGUUAUAUUGUACAUUUUGUAAAUAAUGCAAGAUAGAAUGCGGCAUUUACACUGUUGGGCAAGAGUUUUAAAUCGCUGUACAUUCCAAAGAAUGACAAAGCUUUCAACAGAGUUCUUAAUGAAGAGUAAGCGACGUGGCAAUAUGUUGGCACAAUACGCAUUUUAGUGCUGUAUUAAUAUAACAUUAAUUGUAAUAUAGUUAGCAAAUCCUAUACAAACUGCAUAAGUCGUAUGAGCAUCAAAGAAUAAUCUGUAAAAUAUAGAAAGAAAUUAUUUAUUAAAUUAAUAGUUGUUUUAUUUAAAAAAUUAAUAUUUUGUAUUUAACAUCGUCCCUAAAUUAGAGAAAAAGUGUGGUAUAGAAAACAUUGAAACGUUUUCAGUACAGGAAUGCAAUCGUUUAUUAAUUAGAUGAAGAAUAAAAAUUAAUGUUUGUAUCGAAAAAUUUCGUAAAAAUUUCGAGAUGUGUCUAUUUUCGUAAAUAAAUCGAUAUAUUUUUAUAUUUUUAUUAUUAUACAUAAGACAUACACACGGAAUGUUUUUUCUAGAUGUGCAAAGAAAAUAAUUCUUAUCGAAUCCUUUCUUCUCUAAACAUCCUUUACAUUUUACGCCAUUCUUCCCCCAUAUGAAAUUCAAAUUUUUUUGAGGCGGAUAACCUAAAUUGUAGAACAAAAUAUAAAGUUGCUUAACGAUUAAAAUUAAGGUAAGUUUCCAUUCUUAUUCGUAACCGUGAUUACAACUGAAACAAUUGCACAAAAUCUACGUAAGUAAAUAUCUUCAUAAAAUAAACAAAUUUAUUUUACAAAGAAAGUGUAGCUCUACCAUUCUACCGCUACGAUAUCUUUAGUCUUCUUAAAUCCUAUUCAAGUAGGCCACAUGAAUCACGUAUGCUGCAGAAAUGGAUCAGCUCGUUAUUCAUACAGCGGAAUUAUUUAACAAUGAUUAAAUACGGAAGUAACACAAUACGAGAAUAAGGUGCACAUAAUUUAGCAAAAAUUAUGUACCACCCGAGACAUUUAUUACACUUGCAACAUCAUGAAACGAGUUAAUCUCCCUUAGGAGAUUACUUUUAAAGUACUACGACAUAUCUUGAAUACAGGGCGAUUUAAAGAAAAGGAAAAGCCGUAAAAUAGUAUUCUCAUAAAUACGAAACAUGAUUCUGCCAUAAAUAUACGAAUCAACUGCAUAUUUAAAAUAAAGAAAACACGAUCUGCUAUAAUUAAAAUAAAUGAAUUUUACAUGAACGUAUUUGACCGUAGGAAAGUACCGAAAAGAAAGGAAGAGAUAUCAAUUGAUGAUACGACAAACAAGAUCUUUAUUUCAUCGUUUAUUAUUAUCGUUUUAUUGUCAUCUCGUUUACUCGUUAUUGUCUAGACAAACACAUUGAUACAUUCUCAUAAAAUCGAAGGCGAUCGAACAACGAUACACGCUAUCCGCAUUAGUGAUAAAUCGUUGAUAUCGAUCGACUUGUAAUUACCACAAUUCUUCCAGAGACCGCGCUUUUACAUUUAACAUACACGUAUUACACAAUGAUCUAUCGAUAAGUACUGAAACAUGUAUCAUGAACAAAAAGAAAGCUGAAUUUUGCGUUAUUACUAUCGAGCCUGCAAGCCCUCAGCGCUAUAAGAUUUACACCGACUACUAUUAUACGUCGAAGAUCGCGUCACGGCUUCCUGCAUUUUUUCUUCUAUUUGCGAUCGUGAACCGCGGCUGUAGAAAUAUCGAAUGAAAACUUCGAAAAGAAUCUCCAACUUGCUCGGUGAACAUCUCUCAAUCGAACGAUGAAAUCCUUUCGGAUACGGAAAUGCUUCAAACCAUCGAGUAAUUCUAUCUGAUUGUUCGUUUCACUUACUACCAUACGAAUACAUCUGUAUUUUCGAAGUAAAUGCACUGAACGUAAAUAAUGAAAACUAAUGUUGUGUAAAACUGCUCGUUAAAAAAAAACAGUAUGUGAAAAGUUUUAGAUAGAAUUUGUGAGCAAUUUAGUAAAUAAUUUGAAAAAAAAUCCUAAAUAUUAUUAAGAUAUAUUUUACGUUGCAAAACAGAUGUAUCUAACGAUAAGCAAGGUAGCUUCGCGAAUCAGAUCAGACAUUAAGAUUAUUAUUUUUAAUAUAACGUUAUUGUCGCUGGUUAUCGUCUAAUUACAUUAAUUUUGGAGAAAAAUAUUUCUGAGAAAGUUUCUUGAUGUUAAUAGAAGUCGCAGGAGACAUUAAAAGGUACACGUGAUAUGUUUAACCUAACCUAAACAGCAUGAGAAAUUAGUACGAAAGUAAAGAGUCGAGAUUAGGUAAAUAUUAUUAGAGCAACAUACAAUUUUCUAAUAUUUCUGGUAAUUACACUUGCACGCCGUUAACAUUACUCAGAAAGUAAAUAAAAUUCCUGCAAAUGAUAAGUAUCUGUGCUGCCGUACAAGAAGGGGCCAUUCGUUCUGUGUAAACAUAAUUUCUUUGUAGACUAUAAAAUACUAGACUAAUAAAGCUACAU